CCGCGACUUGAUACUUCACAUUCGACCUUUUCACAGCACUCUGCAUCUAAUCUCGCAUCCAAGUUUCUAGAUAAAGGCAUCAAGCACUCGCACUUCCCUCACCCACUCUCCUCACCAGCACUUCACACAUGUCGCCUGUCGCCGCCCCCACCCCUGCUCUGCAGGUGGACUCGCGCAUCAACAAGGUCACCGAGUCUACCGCCGCCCCGCGCGCUGAGGUACUCACCUACGACGCCUUCAAGGAGUUCGGGCACGUCGUGCAGGGCUGGGACGGGCGCCAGCGCUCCCCCGCCGGCAUCCAUGUAACGGACGCGAACCAGGGAACAGCGUUCAAGUUCCACCGCCUCGCGCCGCUGCCACAGAACGGCGAAAUCACGCACGAGCGCCGCGCUCCAGGCGCCGAUGCGCGCAACGGCGCUUCCGUCCGCGUCACGAGCCUUGACCGCUCGUCGGAGACUAAGGCGUACCUCCCACAGGGCCGCGGCGUCGCGCCCGGCGGCACGCCGCUCAACCCCGGCGCGAGCUACCUCGUCGUCGUGGCCAAGGGCGAGACGCCGACCGCGGCCAGGGCCUACUUCGCUACGACAGCGCAGGGCGUCUCCAUCGCCCCAAACACUUGGCAUGCCGUGGUGCCGCUCAACGAGUCUAUCGACUUCGCCGUCGUCUCCGCGGCUGAGACGACCUCGACUUCCGCCGACCUCACCUUCGUUGUACAGGCGCACACGCCGGCCAUUCCCCCAUCGCCCUCGCCGGUCCCGCCGGCUUCGGAGGAGUAUGCCCCCUCCGUCCUCGCCGCCAUCAACCCCGUCCCAGUCACGGAGGAGGCGUGGGCACCGUACGGUGACCUUAUCGGCGUCGCGGCUUCCCAGCCCUCCCGCGUAACCAAUACCUACCCCGCGGACGAGGACGCGAAGGGCGCCCGCACGGCGCUGGGCGUGUUCCGCGCCACGCCGAAGGAGGGCCUGCACCGCGGGCAGCGCUUCGACAUCCGCUACCUGGAGCGGCACGAGUACACAUCGCAAGCGUUCAUUCCUAUGGGGAAGGACAACCUCGCGGGCGUGGGCGAGACGCCUCUGGCUCCUGGCGGCACAUUCCUCGUCGUCGUGGCGGACAACGGACCCGACGACCGCCCGGACCCCGCGACCGUCAAGUCGUUCAUCAUGGAGAGCGGCACUGGGCUCAACUACCGCGCCGGGGUGUGGCACCACCCCGUGCUCGUGCUCGACGCGCCGCUCGACCUCGCAUGUGUCGAGACGCAGGUGUCGACGGGCGAGUUCGGCAAGACGUACGCUGCCGACUGCGAGCUCAUCGAGUACCCUGAGGCGGUCGCCGUCGUCAACGUCCCCGCGCUCUAGGCGUUAUGUACCACCACGUUGAUAGAUUAGCAUGUAUCUGGGUCUUAGGCUG